UUCAAGAUGAAGUUCAUUCUCCUAACUGCUCUUCUUUGCUCUAUGGUGUGGAGGAAUGUUGUGUUAGCAGUGGAUGGACCUCCACCAAACUGCUGUAAUGAUGUGAAGAAAACCAAAAUUCCAAUAGCAAACCUUUCGGAUUAUUAUAUUCAAGAAAAAAUAUUAUGUCCUGUCAGAGCUGUAGUGUUCCUCACCUAUAAAAAUAAAACUAUUUGUUCAGAUCCAGAGGAUAAAUGGGCUAAGAAAGCAAGAAAGGUAUUGGAUGAAAAAAAGAAACCUUCCAAAGAGUGGAGAAUUUCAGUUACAGCUACAGCGAUCAAAGCACCAGAGACUGAGACCAGCACAAGCAAAGUAAAACAAGUCUUAACUACAACUGUGCCACCAACAGUGACAACAAUCAAAGCACCAGAGACUGAGACCAGCACAAGUAAAGUGAAGCGAGUCUUAACUACAACUGUGCCACUGACAUUGACAACAAUCAAAGCACCAGAGACUGAGACCAGCACAAGUAAAUUGAAACAAGUUUUAACUACAACUGUGCCACUAACAUUGACAGCAACCAAAACACCAGAGACUGAGAACAGCACAAGUAAAUUGAAACCAAUUUUAAGUACAACUGUGCCACCAACAAUAACAACAAUAAAAACAGUAGCGACUGAGACCAGCACAAGUAAAUUGAAACCAGUUUUAAGUACAACUGUGCCACCAACAGUGACAACAAUCAAAACACCAGGACCAGACACAGAGAUCUGGAUAACGGCUGCCCAACCAGCUCCAAUGUCCACAGAGAGCAUACAGUCUUCUUUGAGUACUAUGACACCAUGUGGGACACGUAAAACAGAGCGGGUCUCAACUUCAACUUUGCCACCAAUAGAAACAACAAGAAAAAAACCUGGAAAAGAUACAGAGACCCCACUGACAACUUUUAUAUCUAUAACAAAGGACACAGUAACAACCUCUGCAGUGAUAAUCACAACCACAAAAUACCUGCCAAAGGUAAUGAAGAGAAAAAAAGGGAAAAGUAGGAAAUUACUAAGAAAAAAUCAGAUGGGGAAAAAACAUUGAUUAACAAUGUUUGUGUGUGUGUGUGUAUGUGUGUGUGCGUGUGUCAAACACAUACAUGUACAGUAUGUUUUAAUGUACUCAUGAUAACAGGUUUUUGUGAUGAAGCACUACAGAUAUUAUGCAUGGAUUUGGUCUUUUAGUUGUAGAAUUAUUAUUUAUAGAGAAUAAUGUAAAGAUUUUGAUCAAUGAAAUUCUGC